AUGGUAGCAGUACAAGGACUAUCCAAGUCCACUAUUCAUCGGCUACUUAAAUCAGACAGUGUGAGUGAUGUCACUCGCUCUUUCAAGAAAACAUGUCACAACCGUCAAGUUUUUAAUGAACAAGAAGAAUGUGAACUUACCAACUACCUGAUUGUGGCACAAAAAUUAAACCACGGACUGACACCAAGUGAUACCAGAAAACUAGCUUAUUUCUUUGCAAAGUCAAACAACAUUAAAAUGCCAUCUCGUUGGGAAGUCAAUGAAGAAGCUGGAAAAGAUUGGUUUUCCUCAUUCUUAAGACGAAACUCAAGGCUGUCCACUAGAAAACCUGAAAGGACGAGCCAAGCUCGAGCUGCAGCCGUCAACCACGUCGUCAUCGACAAAUAUUUUGAUGACUUGUAUGACUUGCAUGAAAAGCACAAGUUUACAGAUGAAGAAAUCUUUAACACUGACGAAACAAAUAUCCCAACAGUGGUGGACCCUCAAAAUAUUGUUGCCGAGAAAGGAGUUAAAGCUGUAAUUUUAUGGUGA